UAUAACUUUUUUUUUUUCCCAGAGAGGGACGAGGAAGAAGAGAACAGAAAAGUUAAAUAAGAACACACAGUGAGAUACCAGAUUUGUAAGAAAGCUUGUAGCUGUGGAGAAGAAGAUGAACGUGAUGUCCCUCUCGCCAGCGAGUUACAGAUACCCAAAUUAUGAAAUUCGAUUGCGAGGGAAGCCUGAAGGCAAUUGCAGUUUCAUGGUUCCUAUCAAGAAGAGGAGAGAUUGGUUCAGAAUCAGCUGUCAGGUAGCAAGGAACGAGAGCAGCAGAAAUAAUAAUGAUAAUAAUGUAUCUUUGAGCUCGAGGAACCGGAUGGAAGAAUACAACACUGCCAUGAAAAGGAUGAUGCGGAAUCCAUAUGAGUAUCACCAUGAUCUGGGUAUGAACUACACGCUGAUCACCGAUGAUGUGAUAGUGGGUUCCCAGCCUCAGAAGCCUGAAGACAUUGAUCAUUUGAAAAGUGAGGAGAAUGUUGCCUACAUUCUGAAUUUGCAGCAGGACAAGGAUGUGGAGUUUUGGGGUAUUGACCUGCAGUCCAUCGUAAAAAGGUGUCGAGAGCUUGGAGUCCGUCACAUGAGAAGGCCUGCUGUAGACUUUAACCCUGAUUCAUUGCGGAGCAUACUUCCCAAGGCUGUUUCGUCUUUGGAAUGGGCCGUCUCUGAGGGCAAAGGGAGAGUUUAUGUUCAUUGCACUGCUGGACUCGGCAGGGCCCCUGCUGUCACAGUUGCUUACAUGUUCUGGUUCUGUGACAUGAAUCUGAACGCAGCAUACGAUGCAUUAACAUCGAAGAGGCCAUGCGGACCUAAUAAGAGAUCCAUAAGAGGAGCCACGUAUGAUUUGGCAAAGAAUGAUUCCUGGAAGGAACCAUUUGAUAGUCUUCCAGAACAUGCUUUUGAAGAUGUAUCUGACUGGGAAAGGAAGUUGAUUAAGGACAAGGUCCGUUCUCUCCGUGGAACUUGACUCCCUCAACACUCAAUACCUUAGGACGCAGGUGAGUAUAUCCCAAAGUUACUAAAGAGAGAACAAAGCAGUAGUCAAAGCCUUUCGGCGCAAGAGAGCUUGCAAUGUCUUUAUUGUAUGUAUCCUUGAGAAUAGAGAAGCAUAUUCAUAUAAGCAAGUAUGCUGCAGUCGGAAAGUCGGCUUGAAUAAUAAAGGAAGGCAGGCAUAAACAAGAGGGCAAAUGGCCUUGUGGGUUCCUACCAUUAAAAGAGCGAGGUACUAUAUCAACUAUGUGCGAAAAGGAGUGAUGAAAUCAGAGCACCCUUUUGGCAUUGCUGCUUUGUAUACUCCAAUUCUUACCUUUCCUAUGGAAAUUGUGGAAAUUGUCAAAACAAGUAAUAUAUAAGAUCAUCAUAUCAUGCAUGCAAACACAUGCAAUCGUCCUAAUCUAAUUGUCUCUGCUUAAAAAAUCUUAUUCUCCUCUAGAACUCAAGGUUAGAAAAUGAUUUCUUUCAUGAUAGAAAUGACAUACCUUUUCAACGUAGUGAUACCUUAAACCCCGAAAACCAACGAAUACAGCAAAUCGGUGAGAACCACACUUGACUUGAUUUUUCUUUUGAAAAGAAUGCAGAAAUAUCAGUUUGGAUUUUGGCAAAGUUUUAGUUAGGGAAAAACUUGUAUAAAAACAAGAGGGGGUUAUGUGCUAUUUAUUGAAAAUGAAAUGGUGUGUACGAAGGGAGGAUACUCUUCUAUAGUGAACAUAUAUCGAGUAUACUCACCAAUCUGUAGAUAUGAUAUCUUUGAAUCGUCCGUUUUGCUUGUGUAUUAAGACAAUAUAUGUCAACAACUAACUAUUAUCCAUUCACUGAUUCUCACUGUUGUGUUCGUUUUAGCCAUGAACACCAUCUGGUUUCAUGAGUUCUUAGAGAACUGAUCAUCUUUUAUCUCCUUGAAGUGACUCUACUUCACACUCAACGAGGAAUGAGAAGCGAACGAGACUAGAGGUUGGGCCUAUGCUGGAAGAGAUUGCAAACGAGGCCAAGAGAAUUGGACCGGUUCAAUGGAGCUUCACUCGGCGAGAAGGCAACCAGGUGGCCCAUCUAUUGGCCCAUGCCAAACGUAAUUGGGAUGCUAAGGAAUUCUCGGCUCAUAGCCCGUAGGGCCCCUUUCUUUCUUUUGUCUGCUCUAGAUAAAGAUUUUAUGGCACAUUAAUAAAAUAGCAGAUUUGAUUGUAAAAAAAAAUGUGCUCCAAAAAUACACUAUUUGAUCACAUCACAAGUCAAAAUUUGAAGCCAUUAAAACCUUUUAUCCUUAGGUUUACCCUUAUUGUUGGACAUUGUCUCAUCAUGAGAAUGGACAUUGGAAAUUUGACAAUGUCGGACCAUCAUUCACAACUUUCCAUUCUCCUUGAAACCUAAAUGUUAUGUCUGCCAAUCCUACAUAGGUAGAAUUACUUGCAUGAUGAUUUGUCGUUCGAUCCUUUAAUUAAUUUCUAUAUGGCCCCAUGUUUGUAAUCAUUUUAUCUAGGUUUAAUACACUUGUAUAUCCAAAAGUUUCACGGUUGUGCCAAUAAUAUCCAAAUUUCCCGAAAUACCACUUAUAUCCAUGUUUUAAAGUUGUUCUUUGCCAAAUCUAUCCAUUUUCCAAUAUAAUUUUGGUUAAAUA